GUUCAAUACAUCUAAUCAAGAUGGCAGGAGGGGCUUUUGUACCAACUGGAGGAGGAGGGGGAAGACAGUAUGAAGGGAAGGUUACAGCUUUCGUGUUGGUCACAUGUUUCGUGGCGGCCAUGGGAGGUCUUCUCUUUGGUUAUGAUCUCGGUAUCACCGGGGGCGUGACUUCCAUGGAACCAUUUUUGAUCAAGUUCUUCUCAAGUGUGCAUAGACAAAUGAAAGAUGGAUCACACCAUGAGAACCAAUAUUGCAAAUUUGACAAUGAGCUACUCACGUUGUUCACCUCUUCCUUGUACCUUGCUGCAUUGGUUGCCUCUUUCUUUGCUUCCACCACCACCAGAAUGCUUGGACGCAAACCCUCGAUGUUUCUAGGGGGUUUGUUUUUCCUUGUUGGUGCCUUGCUCAAUGGUUUUGCUCAAAAUAUUAAAAUGCUUAUCGCUGGACGUUUAUUGCUUGGUUUUGGUGUGGGCUAUUCCAAUCAGUCUGUUCCUGUGUACUUGUCUGAAAUGGCUCCAGCACAGAUCAGAGGAGCACUCAACAUGGGGUUCCAAAUGAUGAUCACAAUUGGUAUCCUAAUUGCAAACCUUAUCAACUAUAAAACUUCAAAGCUUGAACAUGGAUGGAGAAUUUCUCUAGGGGUUGGAGCUGUGCCUGCAAUUUUGUUGUGUUUGGGAUCUCUUUUCUUGGGUGACACGCCUAACUCCUUGAUUGAAAGAGGGCAGCAUGAGAAUGCCAAGAAAAUGUUGCAAAAGAUCCGUGGCACCGUGAAUGUUGAUGAGGAGUACCAAGAUCUUGUUGAUGCCAGUGAAGAAGCUAAGAAGGUGGAGCACCCAUGGCGAAACAUCAUGCAGCCAAAAUACAGACCACAACUCACUUUUUGCAGUUUCAUUCCAUUCUUCCAACAACUCACAGGCAUCAAUGUCAUCAUGUUCUAUGCACCUGUCCUCUUCAAGACUUUGGGCUUUGGCAGUGACGCUUCCCUCAUGUCUGCAGUUAUCACCGGAGGUGUCAAUGUAGUUGCCACAUUAGUUUCCAUCUUCACUGUUGACAAGUUUGGAAGAAGGAUCUUGUUCCUUGAAGGUGGUGCCCAAAUGCUUGUUUGCCAGAUUGCUGUGGGAGCAAUGAUUGCUGCAAAGAUUGGACUAAGUGGUGAUGGCUCAUUCACCAAAGGAGAAGCCAACUUCGUCUUGUUUUUGAUAUGUGCAUAUGUUGCUGCAUUUGCUUGGUCCUGGGGCCCAUUAGGAUGGUUGGUGCCUACUGAAAUAUGCUCUCUUGAAGCUAGAUCUGCAGGGCAAGCUAUCAAUGUUGCCGUGAACAUGUUGUUUACAUUUGCAAUUGCUCAAGUUUUUCUCUCCAUGCUUUGCCAUUUGAAGUUUGGCCUCUUCUUCUUCUUUGGUGGCUUUGUCAUUGUCAUGACUAUCUUUAUUGCAUUGCUCUUGCCUGAGACCAAGAAUGUUCCAAUUGAAGAAAUGAACAGAGUGUGGAAGUCACACUGGUUCUGGGGCAAGUUCAUUCCUGAUGUCUGAUGCGGCUGUCAUUGGUGGAUAUGAACUCAAGACUUGUCCUUGAAGUUGACAAAUAUUAUGUACUUUGCAAAUUAUCCAACGAGGAACAAAUGAAUCCAAGUUUAAGCAUUUUAUAUACCAUUUUACAAAUGCGC